UCCGACUUUGUUGGUUCAGUUGCAGUUCUCCGUUCAACGUUACAAGUCGCCUUCGACAAAAAAGGAUACUUCAAACCGAAAAAGCAACUCUGCGGGUCUUGAGUUGACGGUACCGGGCAAUGAUUAUUACACACUCAAAGCUUUCAAGAUUCGUGUAAAACAAAAAUUAAUUGUGUACAUAUGUAAAUACUAAUUAGAAGUUCGUAUUAAUCUGAAAAUAUAUACACGCUUAAAUAUACAUACAUACAUAUGAGAAGUUUUAAGUUAUUUAUCAUCUUUUGUGCACAAAAAAUAAUUGUUAGUGAAUAAUAUUUAAAUAGUUUAAUGAAAACACAUCUUCCUCGUAAAUAAUCGCAUUUCGCUCACAAAGGAUACACCUUGGCCAUGAUUACUAUGAUAUUCGUUCAAAGGCGGCACAAAUUGGCGUAAAAUGAAGCGUAGAAAAACUAGAAAUAAAAUCACCGAACAAAUCACAUUACCUGGAGGAGGAAUCAUGUCAUGGGAUUGCUAUAUAAAAGUUUCAAACUCUUGAAUAUAAUUCUGGAUUCCCUGGAAGAUCAAGAGGGUGGAGCUAUGUACAUAUCGUGCGAUGUCUCAAAUGGCGGUCCAGUGGAACCCGAAACAGGAUAUGUACCCAACAAUCCAUUAUUCGGCUUGGCAUUGGAUAGUCCGCAGCAAGAGUGUGCUGCUUCUUCCUGUGUUGGGUGUUUAUCUUGCCAAGGCAAUACCGUUUUACCUAUCUCAGCGCUCACGUCCAACGACUUCGACUGCGGCUCCUGCUUCGAUACGACGGCGAACAGCGUUAUAGCCGAUGCUGGUAUUGUUGGAUCCACGGAAAACCACUUACAACAAGAAUCGAUUGGUUUGUCCGACAACACCAGUAUAAACAAUAACACCGCCAACAACCACAACAACAAUAGCAGCAGUAAUAAUACGAUUAAUUACUGGAGCACUGAUGAGAUGGCUUCGUCGUUUCCUGGGUUGCCGCCGUUAGACAUCGAUCCCCUGCCUAGUCUCUUUCCCUUCUCACCGUGCGGCGCCUCGUACAAUUUCUCUUCAAAUCCGCAUCAAGCUUCGCUCUCAUACACCGUCCACCCGCAUCAGAUGCUCGUGUCGCCCAACAGUCAAAUUUCGCAUCACGCGCAGAGUCAAACGCAGUCCACCAUACAUGGCAAUUCACUCGGGUCUGGCGCUACUCAGGCGGCAUGCUACUAUGACCCCAGUAGUAGCGGCAUGAUAGGUGGAUCGGCGUCUGUCGGUGCUGCGUGUAGUCAACAUAUGAGCCCAAGCGGUGCGCCACCUCCACCACCACCGCCAAUGUAUCCCAGCAUGAGUGUGAACGUCAGCAUGAAUAUGACCAUGCACGGCUACGGUGCGGAGGGUACGAUGCCCAUGCAGUGUUCACAGAUGCAGUGGACGCCACCAAAUACAAACUCCUCAGUGAAUGUUCUGUACCCGCCACUUUUGAGCCCAACACAUUACCCGCCUGCGGCAACAUAUUCCUUCACCGCUGAUUUUCGCACGCCAACACUGCAGCAGUCCAGUCAAAGUCCAGGCGCUGGUGUUUUGCCCACACUCACAGAUGCCGUUAUAGUUGAGGAAGACUCGCCAUCACCAACAAGUGACACAUCGCGCCAUCUCUUCAACACCGGCACAGAGCUAACUCCCGCCUUUGCAUCACCAACAAAGAGCCCAUACGAUGACGAUGAGGAUAGCAACGAGGAGGGCUCCGACUCGAAGCCGAACCUAUGUAGGCUUUGCGGUAAGACUUACGCGCGCCCCAGUACACUCAAAACACACCUGCGAACUCAUUCCGGUGAACGGCCUUACAGAUGUCCGGAUUGCAAUAAAAGCUUUUCGCAGGCUGCCAAUUUAACGGCACAUGUACGCACACAUACCGGACAGAAGCCAUUCCGCUGUCCAAUUUGUGAUAGACGUUUCUCACAAAGUUCCAGCGUCACCACGCACAUGCGCACCCAUUCGGGCGAACGACCCUACCGUUGUUCUUCGUGCAAGAAAUCCUUUUCGGACAGUUCCACGCUCACAAAACACUUGCGCAUACAUAGCGGCGAAAAGCCUUAUCAAUGUAAAUUGUGCUUGCUCAGAUUUUCGCAAUCGGGCAACUUAAAUCGCCAUAUGCGCGUGCAUGGAACUAACCAGAAUAGCGCCGGCAACAAUGGCAAUGGCGGCGGUAGCAACUUGUUGACAUGACAAAAGGCGCGAAGUGGCGCCGCAUUUCAGCAUUACUACCCACCUCCAUACUCCCACGGUGCUCACAACCUUUCCCAUGGCCCACACUCGCACACCCACGCCCACACCCAUAAUCACCCACACAUGCACAUACCAAACAGUAAUUACGAUUAUAGCAGCUAUGGCAUCAACGAUUACACUUCACCCGGAUCACAAAACUAUUCAGGGUAUUAUUUUUGUGCACUUAAUAAGCCAAAAGUGGAGAGAUUCUACUAGCAAGAGGAGCAGCAGUAAACGAGUUGCGAUCGGCGAGUAUAAAAAGAAAAAAAAAUAGUGAAACAAAUAAAUUUAGUCAAAAGUGCAGAAUCCUUUGAAAAUGCUUCGAAGUUCGGAGUGCGUUAGGGUAGAGGCUUAUGAGGGUGUACAAACUUUUAUGAGAAAUUAUUAUAUAAGUUACAAACAAACAAAACAACACAUCAACAAAAAAGCAAAAAUGAAGCAACAAAUGUUUGGUUGAAAAUGCUCAAAUUUAAGUUUAAAAUUUGUAAGAUAAUCAAAACCAAGUUAAGGACACGGAUAAGCAGCAAAAAGCAAAACUGUAUAUACAUAAAACAAUGAAUGAAUGAA